AUGACAUCAUACGAACAAGGUCAGUCUCCAACCCGGUGUGGGCCGCAGUUUCCGAGCCUGGGACAGGAGCCUCCGGAGCUGAGUCUAUACAGCGACAACUACUACCCUCCACCAUCUCUACCGAGUCCACAGAGAACAAACCCAUCAUCCUAUGACCUUGGGGAAUAUGCUGCUUCAUCUCCUAACCCCUAUCUGUGGUUUAAUGGUUCUGGGAUAAACAACUCCCCAUAUCUUGGUGGAACACCGGGUUCUGCAGUAUCACCAUUCGUUCCGCAGCACUACGGCAUGCAGAGACCGUACCUUGGUCCAGGGGCUCCUGGUGGAGAACUAAGCUGGUUCUCUAUGCCCUGUCAGGAAGACCUGAUGAAGCUGGUCAGGCCACCCUAUUCAUACUCAGCUCUUAUCGCUAUGGCAAUACAUGGUGCCCUAGAUCGACGACUGACCCUUAGUCAGAUAUACCAGUACGUAGCAGAUAACUUCCCUUUCUACAACAAGAGCAAAGCUGGCUGGCAGAAUUCCAUUCGUCACAACUUAUCACUGAACGACUGCUUCAAGAAGGUUCCGCGGGAUGAAGAUGAUCCUGGAAAGGGUAAUUACUGGACCCUUGACCCUAACUGUGAGAAGAUGUUUGACAACGGCAACUUCAGACGCAAGAGGAAGAGAAAGUCUGACAUCGGAGAGGGCAGCUCUGAAGGUGCUCUUAACUCAGGAGAAUCAGGAGACGGGAGCGGUCCCAAAAAUGCUUCAGGAGACGUGUCGACUUCACCCGAGAAGGUUCUUUCACCUCCAUCUGUGGGUCAUUCCCCUUGCUUGAGCAACUUCUUAACAGAGAUGUCUGGAGUAGUAGGUGGGUCAGUGGAGGUAGGAGCAGAUCCACUGAACCGUCCACUUUCUCACAGCCUGCCAUCUGAUGGUAGUCAAAGAAUGCCCCAAUCUUCAGGCUUUAGUUCUUACUCCCCUAGUUCCUCAGUCCCUGAGUGGAUAUCCCCUCUUCCCCCACCACCUCCUAUCUCCCCUUCAGGUUCUCAUUCCUCUUUAGGCUACAACAGCCCUGUUAUCAACCAGUUCAAUGGACAUUUCUACACCGGCUUGAGCUCGACGGGCAUCCUGUAUCCCAGAGAGGGGACAGAAGUGUGA